GCGCAAGGAAGCUGUGUGAGGUGAGUUCUCUGUGUGCUUCCCUCGUAGCCUCUCCACUUUCAAUCUCCACCCGUACGAUGACUGCUCGAUGCAAGUAGUCUGAACAUUCGCGGAACGUGUGGAGACCAUCCAUCCCACCGACCAUCCGAUGGCGGCCACACUGCUGCUUCGACGUUCAACCUUCUCCUCCUCCAUCUCCAUCCCCGCCAUGAGUCGAUCCGGACGCACGUUCAGCUCGUACUUCGUCACGCCGAAAGAGCUGUAUCAGGCACUGCUCAGAGAUCCUCCAUCCACGCUGUCCACCGAGCCGAGAACGAUUGCAGUAUGUGGCUCCUGGUUCCUGCCAAACGAUCCGGAGAAGAGGACGGGACUGCAGGUGUUCAAAAAGGCGCAUAUCCACAAAGCCCGGUUUUUCGAUCUUGACAAGAUCGCCGAUACGUCCUCUCCAUAUCCACAUAUGUUGCCCAGUCCGGAAGUAUUCAAAAAUGCUAUCUCUGAGCUCGGCAUUAAGCGGGACGAUACUGUUGUGGUAUACGACUCUGCUGAGCAAGGUAUCUUCUCGGCUCCUCGCGUCGCGUGGACGUUCAAGACAUUUGGGCACCCAAGCGUUCACAUCCUCAACAACUUCAAGCUGUGGAUAGAGGAAGAAUACCCAACGGAAGAGGGCGAGCCGCAGCAGUUUCAAAAGACCGAUUAUCCCGUACCGGAGCUGGACAAGAGCAAGGUUGCAGCAUUUGAAGAGAUCAGGGAUAUUGCUCGGGACCACAACAAAGAGGGGCAUGAAGAAGUUCAGAUACUUGACGCUCGUUCAGAGGGCCGGUGGAAAGGUAUUGACCCAGAACCGCGACCUGGGUUGUCCUCUGGCCACAUGCCGGGCAGUCUUUCCGUACCUGUGCCAUCGUUGCUUGACCCAAAGACGAAGACAUUGCUGCCAGGACCGGAGCUCCGCAAGGUCUUCGAGUCCAAGGGUGUUGAUCCCAGCAAGCCGAUCAUCUCGAGCUGUGGCACCGGAGUGACGGCGAGUGUGAUUGAUGCGGCACUAAUCGAGGCUGGCUACGCCGAUGGCAGCCGUAAGAUAUACGACGGCUCUUGGACAGAGUGGGCCCAGAGAGUCAAACCGAGUGACAACCUUAUUGUGAAGGAGACCAAGUAAUUCGGUGCGGAAGAGUCAGAGUAUCGACGUUGUCUUUUGUUGUGACUGCGAUUUCAUUGGCACGGUUGACAGGCAUCCUCAAGGCGAUUGCUGAUGAUAUGGCCACCUAAAUUGAAGUCUGUAAGAGGUAUUUUCUGUAUGUUUUACGACUGCGUGGCUUCAACAAGCUCGGUUGUGGACGUGAGAGCGAUCAGGAUGCGGUGUCCAAGCAAAAAGUUUGCUUCGAACAAUGCGAUUGUUGACUGUUUCAUAGGAGUGGCUGUAGCUACCUACAUGUACCUCCUCUCCCAC